AUGGAAGCCAUACUUGACUUCAGUAAGCCAGUGGAUGUGCAGGAGUUUGACCGAGUUGUGCAGUGCCUCUCAACAGGAUCACCACAGGAGAUUAUGAAAGCGCAGCAAGUUCUUACAACGUUUAAAGAGAUGCCAGACGCUUUUCUUCACGUUGGAUCACUCUUAACGCAAUCGCAAAAUUUAACGACAAGGUUUUUUGCGAUGCAGGUAUUAGAUGAUGCCAUCUUACACCGCUGGAAUACCUUCACAAAUGAACAGCGAGAUGAAAUCCGUAGUUUUGUAGUGAACCUUAUUGUUGGAGAGUGUAGCAGUUUUAGUCGAAUUCGUAGCCGUAAGGCACUCUUAACGAAAAUGAAUGGAACUUUAGUCAGCAUCGCCAAACGUGAAUGGCCAUUACGGUGGCCUAACUUUGUACAGGAUAUAUGUACCAGUGCAGGACCUAAUGAACCUCUUGUGGAGAAUAAUUUGAAUCUUCUUCGUCUUGUUGGUGAAGAAAUAUUUGAAUUUGGUGAAAAAACAUUAACUUCACGUUGGGUAAAACGAAAGAAAGAAGCACUUAAAAAUGAUUUUCAAUUUGUUAUGCAACUUUGUCUUUCAGUUCUUGGUACUACGGAUGAGGUUCUAUUAAAGACAGAUUUAGAAUGUUUAGAAAAAUAUUUGGCAUGGAUGCAACCUACUCUUGUCUUUAAUGAAGAAGUUUUGAUGUACUUGGCUGGUCUUAUUACUGGUAGUUCUGAGAUCUCACCAGUUGUGGUACGAUGUUUGACUGUAAUAUGUUCAUUAGAUAGAGAUGAAGGAUCUGCAGGUGAUGUGCAGGCACAGAUGGUGGUUCGUAUGUUUCGUACGGCAUUCAAUAAUGUUGUAAAUAGUCUUCCAACGUCUCAUUCAUCUAUUGAGGGACGUAUUGUACACAUGUAUGAAAUGUGUGCAGAUGCGGAUAAUGUUUUUAUACGUGAUUUAAAUUUUCUUAUUAUUACAUUCCUCAAGCGUUACAUAAAACAAAUUAUGUACGAUGAUAUCCUGUUCCUUUCUCUACAUCAGAUGUUAGUGGGUAUGAGUCAUAUUGAUAACAAGGAACUUUUUAAAUCUUGUGUAGAGUAUUGGUGGUGGCUUGGCGAGUUUUUAGUACGCUCUCCAUCACCUACCCCAUUACACAAAAAACUUACAACAACGCUUAGUAAUGUACGUUUUGUACUUAUUAAAAGAAUGGCCAAACCAGAAGAAGUUAUUAUAGUUGAAGAAGAAGGUGAAUUACGUAGAGAACGUAUGACAGAUGUGGAAGAAUUACAACUUUACAAUUUAAUGAGAGAAGCUUUGGUAUUUUUAACAAAUCUUGAUCCACAUGAUACCCAACAAAUUAUGACAGGACUUAUGCAAAAACAACUUGAUCGUAGUGAAUGGAGUUGGCAUAAUUGUAGUACCUUAUCUUGGGCUGUAGGGGCAGUAUCUAUGGCAUUUACAGAAGAACAAGAAUCAUCUCUUUUUGUUGUAAUUAUUCGUGGUUUACUUGAUCUUUGUAGAGAGAUGCAAGGAAAAGAAAAUCGUGCUGUUAUUGCUAGCAGCAUUAUGUUUGUUGUAGGUCAAUAUCCACGUUACCUUCGUAGUCAUCCAUCUUUUUUAAGUACAGUGGUACGUAAAAUUAUUGAGUUUAUGAAAGAAUUAUUUCCUGGUGUACAAGAAAUGGCAGUGGAUACACUAAUGAAAAUUGCCUCCCAAGUACCAGAAAAAUUUGUUUCUCGAGAUAUUCGAGAUAUUUCUAUUGCAGAAAGUAUAGCUGAACAAUGGACAGAAGUUACCUCAUUAUUACAACCACAACAAAUGCAGACAUGCUUUGCGGCUGCAGGUUGUAUGAUUCAGAAAGAGUCCCCAGAUCGACAAGGAGGAUUAUUGAAUUUAUUUCUUCGAGACGUUAAUAUGAAUUUUAAAUCUUUAACUGAAAAAGCUGUUGCUCAAGGUGAAGCAUUUUAUCGAGAUUCAUCAAAUAUGAUGGAACUUAUUCAUACCUUACGUUUGUUUAGUAGUAUAGCUUCUACAUGUGGAACAGCAUUUAUAAAAGAGAUGGAACUCAUUAUUUGGGAUCUUCAAGGGUUUUAUCAAACUUUUUUUGCCCCACAAAAUGCGAUAGUAGCAGAACUUGGAUCCAAGUCAUUAACUCAACAAGAUGCACGUUAUUUACGACUUGCGAAAAAAGAAAUUUUACGUAUUUUUGAAUAUUUUAUUGAUAAUACAGAAGAACGUGAUUUUGUAGCUGCUAAUUGUAUGCCAAGUAUUCUGUCCGUCGUACUACAGGACUAUCGAGACUCAUUACCAGAGGCGAAAGAACCAGGAGCCAUGGCACUUGUAACGGCCUGUGUAAAGAAACUUGGUCAACGUCUCAGUGAUGAUUGUGCAGGUAUUCUUGAUCAUACAUUUGACACCACAGUGGCUAUGAUCUGCGCUAACACUGAAGAUUUCCCAGAAUUUCGUGUGAAUUUGUUUAAACUUUUACAAGCGUUAAAUGAUCAUUGCUUUGAUGCUUUCUUACGGUAUGCAUCUGUAAAAGGGGAUAUUAUUAAUGGAAUGUUAUGGGUAAUUAAACACACGGAUUUUGCAACUAUGGAAACUGGACUAAAAACAUUAGAUUCAUUUCUAACAAAUGUUGCCAAUUCUGAUGUGGUGGCCGCCUUCUAUACUUCUUUUAUGCAACGUAUCUUUGUAGAGGUUUUUGUGGCUUCCAUGGAUUCCCUGCAUGCUGCUGGGUUUAACUUGCACAGCAGUAUUCUAAUCAAUCUCUUCAGCGUAUCCGACAGGUUCCCGGCGGACACCCCUGUGAUUGGCCGCACGGCGGUGGAGGCGUUUCUUCUUGAGAGUCUCUCCGUCAUUCCAACUCUCACGCCGACUCUCAUCGCCUCUUUUGUGGCGGAGGCGUACGAGACGUACCGCGUGGGAACGGAGUUCCGCCGCCGCUUUGCAGACUUUCUCAUUGAAGUGCAAGUGUGGGGCGCAGAGGAGGAGAAUAAACUGCAGACAGAGGAGGAAACACGCCGCCGCGAGACGACUAUUCCAGGAUUUGCCCCCAUCAGCAUCAGAGUACAAACAGAGAGGUUCUAA